CUCUCCGUAAUUUGGCUCUCAAAACAAGCCGCACGGCUGCUCCCGAGCCGCACGCGUCGCGCCAUUUGUCCGCAUAGAUCGAAUCCGUGGAAAUCCAGCAGCGAUGCGCCUCGCCGUCGCCGCGCUGGCGGUGAGCUGCACCCAAGCCUUUGCACCGCAGCAGCCACGCCGCGUCGCGAGGCCACUGUACGCGUCGCCGCAAGUCGUCGAGGCGGCCAAGAACCAGGUCGCGGCGUUCAAGGAGUCGCACGGCGGCCACGUCUGCGACGAGUUGAAAGCUCUCGAAGCGGCCAUCUCGAAGGACGAGGCGACGGAGGAGAUCGGCGCGAAGAUGUACGAGUUGCUGUGUACGUCUCUGUUGGACUACGAUCGUGAUGAAGCAGACGAAAAUAAAUUAGUGCCCUCAGCGUCGAAGGGCGAGGUCAUCCCGAAGGACGCUCCUGGACUAGUGGAAGUGAUGACCAAUUUGUAUGUCUACGGCAUCCGCAUGAUCCCGUCUGGCUUCAUCGAGGUCGACCGGUGCAAGGAGAUCGUCGAAGAAAGAUUAGCGAAGCGCGUGGGCAUGACCGGUGAACAGUUGGACGAUUGGUUGGACGUGCCGGACAUGGGGGUAUAACUAUGAGCUACUU